AUGUUUGAGAUUGAACCAACUCAGCCCCCAGUUCGAUUGCCAGAAGCAUUGAAAAGAGUGGAAGAGGGAGAUGGGAAGGGAGAUGGGAAGGGAGAUGGGAAGGGAGAUGGGAAGGGAGAUGGGAAGGGAGAUGGGAAGGGAGAUUGGGAGGGGAAAACAGGUGAGAAACCACCUUCGGCUCCACAAAAGCCAAAAGCAUGGGAUGUAAAGCCAAUCUACCCUGGUAUGGCAAAAGAGGCUCAAAAAAGUACAUACCGCAAGAACUUGAGGGCUUCGACUCAGGCCAAACAAGAAGAAAAUAAAAAACGAGAAAACGAGGACAGAGAAGGGAAACUACGUACAGGGAAAAGAAGAAAGACGGCAUACGAUUUCUGA